UCUCCACCCUUUUCUCUCUCUCUCUCUCAACGACUUGCAUCGAUUCCGAUACACAUUUCCCAAUGGAACUGCCGGAAUUCUACGUCGGCGGAUACUUUGACGGCCAGCUCUCCCCUGAGAAGCGGCAGCUCCCGGACCAGAAGCCCGACCAAUUCACCAUCGACGACCUCCUCGACUUCUCCAACGAGGACGCUCUCGUCACCGACGCCUUCUUCGACAGCACCGUCACCGCCGUCGACAGCUGCAACUCCUCCGUCUCCGGCGGAGAGGCGCAAUUCUCCGGCAACCGCAGCUUCAGCGAGUCUCAAUUCUCCGGCGACCUCUGCGUUCCGUACGACGACUUGGCCGAGCUGGAAUGGCUAUCGAACUUUGUGGAAGACUCAUUCUCGGCGGACAAAGACCUCAAUGCCCUUCAAUUCCUCUCCACCACCACCACCACCACAACCGCCGCCACGGCGAAACCCCAAACACCGGAAACCUCCUCCUCCUCGGCCGAGACGCCGCAAAACCCGCCGCUAUUCCACCACGAGACGCCUCUCCCGGGGAAGGCCCGCAGCAAGCGGUCACGCGCCGCCCCCGGCGACUGGACCACUCGCCUCCUCCACCUCAUCACUCCCAACACCGAGCCGACGCCUCCGAAGACGGCGGCGGCGGCGACUACGUCGCGGAAGAAGCGGGAAGGCGGGAGCUCGAACUCCGGCUCGGACUCUUCCGGCCGGAAAUGCCUCCACUGCGCGUCGGAGAAGACGCCGCAGUGGCGGACGGGGCCGAUGGGCCCGAAGACGCUGUGCAACGCGUGCGGGGUGCGGUACAAGUCGGGGCGGCUGGUGCCGGAGUACCGGCCGGCGGCAAGCCCGACGUUCGUGUCGGCGCGGCAUUCGAAUUCGCACAGGAAGGUUCUGGAGCUGCGGCGGCAGAAGGAGUUUCAGAGGUCGCAUCAGCAUCAGUUUCUGAGCCCGCCUUCGAUUUUUGGCGUAUCCAACGGUGGGGGUGAGUUCUUGAUCCACCACCGGGCUGCGAGCGAUUUUCGGCAGAUGAUGUAGUGGGAGUGAUAGAGUGUAGGGUAAGGUUUAGGUUGGACCUCUGCUGGGGUUUAACAUGGAGUUUUAAUUUUAAUUUCCCAGCUUAAGUUAAAAUUAAUUUUGCUAAUUUUUGCUGUUCAAUAUUUGAAUUUGUAGUUAA